AUGCCGUCUGCCGUCUCCGCUUCGCCUGCGGGCGCUCACGGCAUCACCAAGCUGACAAACUGCCGUCUCGUCCGCGGUGAUCGUCUCGUGUCGGAGGAUCUUUGGAUCAGUGCGGCCACGGGCAAGAUUGUCCGCGGCCAGGCCGCCUUUUAUGACGACCACGUGCUGCCGGACCAGACGAUCGAUCUCGGCGGCCGCAUCGUGGCGCCUGGCCUGAUUGACGUGCAGCUCAACGGCGCCUUUGGCUUCAACUUCUCCACCCUUUUCGGCGACGAGGAGAAUGGCCCGAGGGCUCAGUACUGCAGCCGUCUGCGGGACCUGAACCGCAAGCUGUUCCAGACGGGCGUCACGUCCUACGUGCCCACCGUCACGAGCCAGACGAGCGAGCUGUACCGCAAGGUCAUCCCCUUCCUGGCUCCCACUGGGAGCCGGAUGGCCGAAGACGGGGCCGAGUCGCUGGGAGCCCAUGUCGAGGGCCCGUUCCUGAGCCCGACCAAGAAUGGCGUUCACAACACGGCCGUCCUGCGGGUGGCCGAGACGUUUGCCGACGUCGAAGCCAUGUACGGCGCCGAGAACCUGGCAGUGCCGACUGACACCACCGGCGACCAGGACAACCGACGACGGCUGCCAGCCGUGCGCAUGAUUACGGCUGCUCCUGAGCUCGGCCACAUGACCGACGUUGUCUUCCCGGAGCUGAGUCGCCGCGGCAUCGUCUGCUCCAUCGGUCACACCGAGGCCAGCUACGAAGAGGCUGCUGCUGCCAUGCACCAUGGCGCCACCAUGAUCACGCAUCUCUUCAACGCCAUGCGCCCUCUGCACCACCGCAAUCCCGGCGUCUUUGGCGUGCUUGGCGAGGCACCCACCAGCGGCAACGGCAGCAGCAGCAGCAGGCGACCGUAUUAUGGCGUCAUCUCGGACGGCAUCCACUUGCACCCCACGACGGUCAAGAUUGCGUACAAUGCCCAUCCAGAGGGCUUUCUGCUCGUCACCGACGCCAUGCAUAUGGUCGGCUGUCCCGACGGACCCUACAGCUGGACCAACGGCGACCGCGAGGUCCGUCUAAACAAGACCGGAAAGGUCCUCCUGCUCGAAAACUCCACCACCAUCGCUGGUAGCACCACCACCUUGAUCGAGUGUCUUGAGAACUUUGUCAACUGGACCGGCACCGACCUGCCGCGUGCCCUGCGCACCGUCACCUCCACCCCCGCUGCCAUGCUCGGCCUACAGGGCGUCAAGGGCACGCUCGACCCCGGCGCCGACGCUGACCUGAUCAUCCUGUCGACCAACGAGGACCUGCCAUCGCCCGGCGGCUCACCCACUACCCGCCUGCACAUCGACGAGGUCUGGAAGUUUGGCACGCGUGUGCACAAGCGGGAGUGA